UAAGACGGGGCCGCCCGGCGAAUGACAAUUGGCAAUCCAAUACGACUACAACACUAUAACUACAACAGUUUAAACUUUUCGUGGUAGUUUAACGCUCUCGCUCCAUCAUGAUUUCUGAAUAUUAAUCCGUCAUCGUAUAACGGUGUGAAAAUUUAAUUUUUCUCUAGUUUUUUGGUCGAAUUGCUGCCCAACCGGCUAUCGCAGCUGACAUGCAGCAGUAUAUACGGUAUACCAGGAAUCUCUUCCUGAGAGGAGUCUCUGUCAUCUACUUGCAGGCGUUCGUCGCUCUUUAUGUUCAAAAUUCUGGUCUAUUUGGAGAAAAUGGUAUAUUGCCAGCAAAAAAUACAUUGAUUAACGAGAGUCCAAAAGUAUUUGAUAAAUUCAAUUUUAAACCUACAUUAUUAUGGUUUUCAUCUGAAAUUGGUUUGAACGCUGAAUAUAUGUUUGAUGUAAUAUGCUUAUUAGGAAUAUUUUUUGCAUUCUUUGGGUUUUUGACACAAAAAGUUUGCAACAAAUUUUUAUUUUUCUCUCUUUGGAUCUCAUAUUUAUCAUUGUACAAUGUUGGUCAAGUAUUUUUGUCAGACUUGGCUGAUGAACUUCUAUUGGAAGUAGGAUUAUUAUGUAUAUUGAUUGCACCAUUGCCUUUUCAAAAAUUAAGAGUUCCUUCGAAGAAACGCAAUUUACGUCUACAAACUUCACUUGCGUCAUUACCACAUGAUUCCAUUCCUUUUUGGCUUGUGAGAUGGUUGCUAUUUAGAGUAGCAUUUUCUGCUGGUGUUGCUAAAAUGAGUUCCAAGUCAUCAAUCUGGUAUGAUUUGACUGCUUUAUCAAAAUAUUUUGAAAGUAUGCCUCUACCAAAUGCCAUUUCCUGGUAUGCACACUAUUUUCCACUUUGGUUUUUGAAAACUAUCACAGUAUUUGCAGAAAUUAAUGAUUUAUUGGUUCCAUUGAUGUUCUUGAUACCCAUUCGUUCAGUUAAAAAGUUGGCCUUUUAUAUCCAGGUAUUCAUGCAAGUCGGCAUCUUGGCAUCAGGAAACUAUAGCUAUUAUAAUCUUUUAUACAUUGUUUUGUGUUUAUCAUUGUUGGAUGACCAUACAUUUUAUAGAGAAUUAGCCCUUGCUAGAACUCGCCAAUGGUGUUCUACUGUAUUCACAAGAAUUAUGACAAUCAAUGUUAUUAGCAUACUUAUAGCUGUUUUCCCUAUGUUGUAUAAUUUCCGUAUUUCUCCAGCAAAUACACCAGAUUUCACAAUAGCAUUUACACAGCAACAAUUCAAUCUUGUUUUAGGCAAAAGUUUGCCUUUUAUUGCUUAUUUUGCUUUAGGUUCAUUUGUUUUUGAAUGUUUAAAGGCACUUUAUUCGUCUCUGCCUUUAAAGAGUAAACCUGAUGGUUCCUUUUCAGCAUUAAUAACAUCAACAUUAUAUGUAUCUAUUUGUUUGGGUAUAUUCUCCUUAAGUUCGGUCAAUUUUUCUGCUCUUCAUCAAAGUGUUAAUAAUACUGUUCCAAAAGAUUUAAAUAUGUUCUACAAUAAAUUAGCUCCUUAUAAAAUUAGUAACUCCUAUUUACCACCCAAAGAAUUUAUCAAUCUGGAAAACCGUAAAGAAAUUAUUAUAAAAGGAGCUAGUGAUAUUAAAGGACCUUGGCAUGAAUAUCAAUUCUUAUACAAACCUGGAAAUGUAAAUGUUACGCCACCAAUUAUUGCUCCUUAUAAGCCAUUACUUGAUCGUCAAUUGUAUUUUGCUGCUCACUCUUUACCGGCUCAAAAUCCAUGGCUUAUGAGUGUUUUGUAUCGUUUGUUAAAUAAUCAAAAAGAAGUACUUUCAUUAUUAAACACCAAUCAAUUACCAUUCGGUAAAAAACCACCUAAGUUUGUUAAAGUAUCUUUGUAUAAAUAUCAGUUUUCGUCAAAGUUACAAAGGGAGAAAGGAAUUUGGUGGAAUCGGCAAGUAUUAGAUUCUGAAUUUAUAGCUCCAAUGGAUAAAAAUAGUCAAGUAUUAUUGGAUACAUUGAAGUCUCACAAAAUUUUACUGAGUAACAGAACUCCAUUACCAGUAAAUCCGCUUUUUAAACAAAUAUUGGACCAAAUUAGAUCGAUUCUUCUGGCAGUCGACCCACGAAUAUUGAUAUUUGCAUUUUUAAUGACUGGUUUUGUAUUGAUAUUAGUACCCGUUGGCUCCAAUGUUUCUUCUAUUUGAAUGCAAUUUUUAAAGUUUGUGUGCUGCUGAAGACUUAAUAUGAUUUUUUUUUUUUUAAUUUUUUUUUUUAUUUAAUUAAAACACUUCAUACAAUUGUCAACCUUCCGAGAUGAUUUGUGAACUCAGAAAGUAUUCAAUUUUUUAAAAAUUUGUAUUAAAUGUAUAUACACCUUUGUAUUACCUACUUUAAUUUUUAAUUUUUUUAUAUUCUCUUUUAGUUCGUAUUUGUGGUUUAUAUUUACAUUUUUUUUUACAGUUCAACACUUAUUAAAUUGUGUUUCUUUACAUUAAUCAUGUUAUUAUUUUGAGACUGUUGUAGUUUUAAAAUAAUAAUUAGCAUAGAAAAAAUUUCCGUACCCUUGUGUAGUAUAUUUCGUGUGUAGGGAUAGAGUAGUUCUCGUAUAUUCACGUUUUGUGUAGCGGUUUUAGAGUAUCAUAAUAAUUUUUGUAGUUUCAAAUUUGCAUUUCAAAUAUUAAUAAAUGAAAAUGUAUUAAUA